AUGGCACCAGGAAAAAGUGAACGACGUAAACGUGGUCGCUGGGAGCAGUAUAAUGCUGACUUCAAUGCCGAUGAAAAUUCUCAAUCGAGUAAUUUGGGUGAAAGAAGUAAUCCGAGUGACAAAGAUGCUGCAGUACCAAAAGCAGCUAGUCAUAAUUUGGACGGACAGACUAUGAUUACACGCACUGAUGAUUUUGGAGCGAAAGAUUAUCGACACGAAAUGAAAUUGAAGCCUGAUCAUGCAUCACGGCCGCUUUGGGUUGCUCCUGAUGGACAUAUUUUUCUGGAAUCAUUCAGUCCUGUAUAUAAGCACGCCCAUGAUUUCUUGAUUGCCAUUUCUGAGCCAGUCUGUAGACCGGAAUUUAUUCACGAAUAUCAGCUUACGGCAUAUUCACUAUACGCCGCUGUGUCAAUUGGUUUACAAACCAGUGAUAUUAUUGAGUAUCUGGAGAGAUUAUCGAAAUCUUCCUUGCCAAAGGGAAUUAUUGAAUUUAUCAAAAUGUGUACUGUUAGCUAUGGAAAGGUGAAAUUAGUGCUUAAAUACAAUCGAUAUUUCAUUGAAUCGCGUCGUUCUGAUGUUAUACAAACUUUGCUGAAGGAUAAAGUAAUCCAGCAAUGUCUUACAGAAGACAAACCGCCGAUCGAAGUAUCACAAACAGACAUAAACAUGGAGAAAAUACAAAUUCCGGGAACCCAACAACAACAGCAAGAAACAAAAGAAAAAGAUGCUAAAAAAUCAAAUGUGCCAGAGGACAUUGAUUCAUAUUACGGUAAAUUAGACGCUGAUGAUGAAGAUGAGGAUGAGGAAGCUGUCAAAAACUUGCAGCUGUUAACUUUUGAAAUCAAGCAGGAAUCAAUUGAAAUUGUGCAGAAACGUUGCAUCGAAUUGGAAUAUCCAUUGCUAGCAGAAUAUGAUUUUCGCAAUGAUACUUUCAAUGCAAAUCUUGGAAUCGAUCUCAAGUCAUCCACUAAUCUAAGGCCUUAUCAAGAAAAGAGUUUACGGAAGAUGUUCGGUAACAGUCGUGCACGUUCUGGUGUCAUUGUCCUACCCUGUGGUGCUGGUAAAACGUUGGUGGGCGUUACUGCAGCAACAACAGUCAAUAAGCAAUGCUUGGUGUUGGCAACGUCAAACGUUUCAGUAGAGCAGUGGCGUGGACAGUUUAAGCUUUGGUCGACAAUUCGGGAUGACCAACUGGUUCGAUUUACACGUGAGGCACGUGAUCCAGUACCAUCUGGUUCAAAUGCUAAUAAGCCAAUUGUUUGCAUAAGUACCUAUUCCAUGGUUGCAUAUACUGGAAAACGAACGUAUGUAGCCGAAGAAGCUAUGAAAUAUAUCGAAAGCCGUGAAUGGGGACUUGUCCUACUGGACGAGGUUCACACAAUACCCGCUAAAAUGUUUCGGCGAGUACUAACAAUUGUUCGAGCACAUUGUAAGUUAGGAUUGACGGCUACAUUGGUCCGUGAAGACGAUAAAAUCACGGAUUUAAAUUUCUUGAUUGGUCCGAAGAUAUAUGAAGCAAAUUGGAUGGAACUUGAAAAAGCAGGACAAAUUGCAAAAGUACAGUGUGCUGAGGUUUGGUGUCCUAUGAGUGCCGAAUUUUACGCGUAUUAUUUGCGUGCUCAAAUUGGCCGCCGUCUUUUGCUAGCUGUAAUGAACCCCAAUAAAUUUCGCAUAUGUCAGUUCCUUAUCAAAUAUCACGAGCGGCGGAAUGACAAGAUCAUCGUUUUUUCUGACAAUGUAUUCGCACUGAAGAAAUAUGCCGUAGAGAUGGAUAAACCAUUUCUAUAUGGUGAAACGGGGCAGAAUGAACGAAUGAAAAUUUUACAAAAUUUCCAGUAUAAUCCGAAAGUGAACACAAUUUUCGUGUCAAAAGUCGCAGAUACAUCUUUUGACCUACCUGAAGCAAACGUUCUGAUCCAGAUUUCAGCACAAGGCGGUUCUAGGAGGCAAGAAGCACAACGAUUGGGACGCAUAUUACGAGCUAAAAAAAACACUGGAGGUGGAUUCAACGCAUUUUUCUAUUCAUUGGUCUCACAGGAUACUGUUGAAAUGAGUUAUUCGCGCAAACGACAACGUUUCUUAGUAAAUCAGGGCUACGCUUAUAAGGUUGUGAACCGACUGCCAGGAAUGGAAAAAGAAGCACUUAAAUUAGCCACCAAGGAAUCUCAACUUCAGUUGCUGCAACAAGUACUUGCUGCUUCUGAUGCAGAUGCCGAAGAGGAGGAUAUUAAGGAAGAAAGCGUAGAUGGUUCAAGAGAAACAAAAACGAUGCGAAAAGAAGGUUCGUUUUCAUCAUUUUCUGGAAGCAAUUCCAUUUCUUACACGCAGAAAAUAAGAACUGUCAAAGAUGAAGAUCGACAUCCAUUAUUCCGAAGGUUUCGAGCUUUCAAAUAA